AUGACGGCGGCGCGCGAGAAGCUCUUCGUCGCCCUCGACACCCAGGAUCUGGGCCGCGCGCAGCGGCUGGCCGAGGCGCUGCGCGGCCGCGUCGGCGGGCUCAAGCUGGGCAAGGAGUUCUUCACCGCCCACGGGCCCGACGGGGUGCGCGCGGCGGCCGGCGGCGAGCCGCUGUUCCUCGACCUCAAGUUCCACGACAUCCCCAACACCGUGGCCGGCGCGCUGCGGGCCGCCGCCCAUCUGCGCCCGGCGAUCGUCAAUCUCCACGCCAGCGGCGGGCGCGCCAUGAUGACCGCGGCGGCCGAGGCGGUGCGCGAGGCGACGGAGGAUCUGGGCCACGCCCGGCCCUGGCUGAUCGCCGUGACGGUGCUGACCAGCCUGGACGAGGCCGAUCUUGCGGAGGUCGGGCAGAGCGGCCCGGCCGCCGACCAGGUGCUGCGCCUGGCCCGGCUGGCCCAGGACUGCGGUCUCGACGGCGUGGUCUGCAGCCCGCGCGAGAUCGCGCUGCUGCGCGCGGCCUGCGGCCCCGACUUCAAGCUGGUGGUCCCCGGCAUCCGGCCGGCCUGGGCCGCCGCCGGCGACCAGAAGCGCAUCACCACCCCCGCCGAGGCGCUGGCGGCCGGCGCCGACGUGCUGGUGGUUGGCCGGCCCGUCACCGCCGCGCCCGAGCCGGCCGCGGCGGUCGAGCGCCUGGCUGGCGCGCGCCGUCCGGCUCCUGAUAUUCCUGUCGCGACUGCCUAUCUGCGGGGCUGUCCGCCUCGGCGCCGCCGAGCGGCCGCCGCCGUCCCGCCUCAGCCCGAUCCCGCCGGAGCGCGCCCUGCCAUGACCGACAGCUUCUCCAGCCCGCCGCCCAGUUCCGAGCCGCCGCCGGGGCCGGUCGCGCUGCUGCCGGUGGGCCGGACCGUGGCCGACGCCUACCGCUUCACCCUGCAGCACGUCGGGCAGGUGCUGGUGGCGGCGCUGCUGCCCUUCACCCUGUCGCUGACCAUGUCGCUGCUGGGCGCGGGGCUGGGCGGCGCCCUGGGCUUCGUGGCGACCCUGGUGGACGUCUUCGCCUAUGCGAUCUUCGCGGUGGCCUGGCACCGCGCGCUGCUGGUCGGCGAGCCGCCGCGCGUCCUGCCCCAGCUCGGCGGGCGCCAGCUCCGCUUCUGGCUGAUGAGCCUGCUGCUGGUGCUGAUCGUCACGCUGCUGGUCGGCCUGCCGGCCAUGGCGCUCAGCGGCCUGGCCGCCGGCGGCGGCGGCGGGCCCGCCCUCGGCCUGAUCGUGAUCCCGCUGGUGCUGCUCGCCGGCUACGUGGCGGCGCGCUUCAGCUUCGUCUUCCCGGCCGCCGCCGUGGACGAGCGCUUCGGCCUGGCCGAGUCCUGGCGGACCACGGCGGGCAACGCCUGGCGCCUGAUCGGCGCCUACCUGCUGGCGCUGUUCCCGAUGAUCGCCGUGGUCUUCCUGCUGAUGGUGGUCGGCGGCAGCCUGCUGGGCCUGGGCGGCAUGAUGGGCGGUCCCGGCGGCAUGGGGCCGGGCGGCGGCGCGCCAGGCAUCGGCGGCCCGGCCGGCGUGGUCUUCAUCGCCCUGAUGGCGGUGGUGAACUACAUCUUCGCCGCGGUCUUCGUCUCGCUGCUCUCGCUGGCCUUCCGCACCUGCACCGGCUGGGUGCCGGACAGCGGCCAGGCGCCGCCGGCGGCCGGGCCCGGCCCCGGAAUGCGCAUGUCCGUCGACGCCAAGAUCUGCGGUCUUUCCACGCCCGACGCCCUGGCCGCCGCCGUGGCCGGCGGCGCGCGCUGGAUCGGCCUGGUCUUCUAUCCCCGCAGCCCGCGCGCGGUGAGCGUCGAGCAGGCGGCGGCGCUGACCGCCGGCCUCGGCCCCCAGGUCGAGACCGUGGCCCUGCUGGUCGAUCCCGACGACGCCCUGGUCGAGCGGGUGGUGCGCGGCCUGCGCCCCGGCCUGCUGCAGCUCCACGGCGCCGAGAGCGUGCGCCGCGUGGCGGAGAUCCGCAGCCGCUGGGAGACGCCGGUCAUGAAGGUGAUCAAGGUCGCCCGGGCCGAGGACCUGGAGCCCGCCGCCGCCUACGAGCCGGUCGCCGACCGCCUGCUGUUCGACGCCAAGCCGCCGGCCACCCUGGCCAACGCCCUGCCGGGCGGCAACGCCGUGUCCUUCGACUGGCGCCUGCUGGCCGGCCGGCGCUGGCAGCGGCCCUGGAUGCUGUCCGGCGGACUGACGCUGGACAACGUCAAGGAGGCGGUCCACAUCUCGGGCGCGCCGGCCGUCGACGUCUCCAGCGGCGUCGAGACCGCGCCGGGCGCCAAGAGCCCGGAGAAGAUCCGUGCCUUCCUGGAGCUCUGCGGCGCGCUUUGA